AUGGCCGAUGUGGCUUCUAUCCCUGAGGUAGGCCCAACGUCCAAUCCACCUACUCUAUAUCCGCUGGCUCUCCCGUGGUCUGAUGGCGCUGACCCGCUGCAGCAUCGGAGCGACCGCCUCCCCGACCACCAGCACUUGAUAAACAACAUCCUCUACGACCACUCAUCCUCGCAGCAGCCAUCCUCACUGCUGGACAAAUUACCCGCAGAACUCCUCCAUCAGAUCCUCUCCCACCUCCCUGCCGCCGAUCUCGCUUGCGUGUCCUCCACCUGCCGUGUUCUGGCCGAGCACGGGUCGAACGACCUGCUGUGGGCGGAGUUGGUCAACUCAAAUCUAUCGCACCGGAUCCACGAUCCAGGACCCUUCCCUUCAUUUCGCCGUCUCUUCCUCGCCCACUACCCCUACUGGUUCCUUCCUCGGAAUAAGAUCUGGUUCGCGGACAAUGAGCACACGGGCACUCUGAUUCUGGCUCGCUAUGACAAUCGACGGGGUGUGAUUGAAGCGUACCGUCUUGUCGCUGAGCGGCGAGAGCCGAUGUUUCACAUUUGGGAAUCCAACCCGGACGUCAUCAUCCAGUCAUUCACCCCCAAAGUCAGCUUGUGGCUGGACGACCCGGUCUUGCUGCUGAGAGAUGCCGAUCCAACGAGCUCCGUGGCGGAGUGGCAAUCUGACCCGACCAAACGCCGUACCCCCAUUGCCUUGGAGUCGCAGCGGAUCUUUUGUUCAUUUUCAUUUUGCGACAAGCAAUCUUCAUCUCAGCAUAACCUGAGUCCAGACCAGCUCUGGCCCCCUCCGAUCAUCCCCUCCGAUUACCGCGCCCAGCGAGAUGUCAAAAACCAAAAGGUGGAGAAUCCUCAACGCUUUUCUGAUAUUUCGGACAAGGCGUUCCGCAUGAAACGAUGGGCGACCUUCUCCAGGAUGCAAAUGAACAUCCUCCUGUCGCCGGGCCAUCAAGAAAGGCUGUUGACGUACGGGACCCUUGAUCCGAAGCUCUAUACUCCGACCAAGCAAAAGCCUUAUCAGGGAAUCUGGGUGGGGGACUAUUCGGCCCACGGGUGUGAAUUUCUUCUGUUUCUCCAACGAGACCCACCGGCAUCCAGUCUGCCCAGAGAAACGCUUGCCGCUGACGGCGCCGAGGAACACGAAACCAGCGAAACUGAUGCCUCUGGUAUUGUGCAUCAGGGUGGGCUGGAAGCGAUCAAGCUGACCGGCGACCCCAACGUUCCUCGCGGAGAAAUAACGUUUGUGGCCGAGGAUAUCGGACCCAGAGGUCUUGUUCGCAUAGCGGAAGACGAACCCUACAAAUCUGCCCGUAUUGUGCGCUGUCUGGGACAUGUUGCUGGCAUCGGAUUCCGUGACGACACCUUCAUCACAUCACAGCUCAUCCUCAUCUCCACCGACUACAUGGCCCAUUACUGGGAGGAGAUGGGCCACAUCUCCUAUUUCCGGCGUGUUGAUAUCGAUGCCCUGAUGCAGACAUGA